CAUUGAUGCUUUUUUCUUUCUACAUAUAAAUGGUUCUCUGCCUCUUGUAUUUUUCUCUUCCUUUUAUAGGAAUGAGAUUAUAAGAGAGAGAGAGAGAGAGAGUGAGAGGGCUCUGCAGUCUAGGCAGCUACGAUUUCUGCUGAUCAUCAGCGAUCAUAGGGGUCUUGCAGGAUUUUCAGAACCCAAGAAGGGAGCUGUUAUUCUGGCUGGUAGGACACCUCAUAUAGCACUCUAUUAGAUUGAUUUGAGAGAGAGAGAGAGAGUGUGUGAAAGGGGCUGGCUUGCGUUGAAGGGUAAGAUAUAUCAGGGAGAAGAGGAUGAGAGAGAUAUGAAACAGAUUUACGGAUAAGAUUUUCAAGUGUGUUGUCAAAGAGAAUCACUUGCUUGUGAAGCAAAAUCUCUCUACCAACGCUACAUAGUAAAGAGAAACCCAAGAAAGAAAAAAGGCUCUGGCUUGUUUUUUGGGAAAUGGAAAUUUGUUUGGUUGCCUUUUCUCACCUUCUUAUAUUCCAACAAUCAUGCAUGGCCUCCUAAAGUAGUUGGGUGAUUCAAAUCUCUCUCUCUCUCUCUGAUUGCUAUCAUAAUCACCAUCAUCAUCACUUGUGCUUUGAAGAAUGAAGGGCAGAUUUUGUUGUUGUUUUAUUAUAGCUCUGCAAAUAGUGAGUUGGGCUUCUGCAACAAGCAGGCCUUUUCCACCAAAUGAUAGCCUUGGUGCUCAUCAACCAGGGCCAGGUCAGAGCUCAGAGUCAUUAACAGUAGCCUUGAAUACAGAGGAGGGUUUGAAAAGGGUGAGAGAAAAGACGAACAGAGAAGCAAUGCAGAAAGGAGUAAGCAAAAUAGGGUCAAGUCCACCAAACUGUGAGCACAAGUGUUAUGGGUGUGUUCCAUGUGAAGCCAUUCAAGUGCCCACCACCAGCAUGCACAGCCAUCUGGGGAUCCAGUAUGCAAACUAUGAGCCUGAGGGUUGGAAAUGCAAAUGUGGUCCUUCCUUUUACAGUCCAUGAAGCUCAAUUAUACCUGCAGGCUGCAGCUCUCUCUCAUUUCCUCUCAUCCUCAUUGUACAAUACUAGCUAGUAGUUUUAUUUAAAUUAGCUCAAGAAAUCUUCAUCGGAAUCUGCUUCUUCCAGUAGAGAGAAAGAAAAAAGUUUUGACAAAGGAAAGGAACCAUCGGAAUUGGAGAAUGUGAAUUUUUUCAGUAUUGGAAAUCAAAGUCAAGGUCACUGUCUAUACAUUGGCGAGUGUGUACGUUGGGAUUGAACUUUUAAUACGUACUUCUUUAUUAGCUUUUUUUCAUAAAA